AUGUCUCGAGUUAUACCUCGACUGGCACGUUUGCGCACACGACCCUCACUUAGUGAGUACCACGAGGUUGAGACAAGACUUAGAAGCUCGCACUGGGAACUCUUCGACGACUCGAUAUCUGCCUAUCCGGCAAAACAACUGUAUGCCACUUUGCAAUCAAUAAUCGAUCCUACUACUCGAUUUAUGAGUACCAACAUGGAAAGCCUGAACAAGCGCUUUUGCAAAGGGAAGACGGUUCCAUACGGAUACUCCAUGAUCUACUGUAACCCCGUCUCUGGAGAGAACGAGCUAGGAUUCGACGGUUUCGACAACUACCAUGCUCCGUGCACUGCAGAUAAAGACUUCUUUCAUAGGCGGAUGUGGGUUGCAGGCGGUUUUCAAUUCAAUCCAGAAAGGCCCCUGAAGUUUGGAGAUGAAGUUAGUUUUACCGAGACCGUGGAUAAAAUGAGACAGUACAAGAGACUAGAGCAAAUCGGAGUGGACUACAAACGCGAGUACAAAGUGGACAAUGUGUGGUCAGUUAUUGAGACCAGGAAACUUUACUACAUACAGAAGACCUACACAGAGGAAAGAUAUCACCUUGUUGAGGAUUCCGAGCCGGAUCACACCGCCGUAAUCGUUCCCUCUACAGUGUCCAUCUUCCGCUCCAGUGCAUUAAUGUUUAAUUCUCAUCUAGUUCAUUACAACCCAAUUUAUGGCUCUCGAUACGAGGACUAUCCUUCAAUAAUUGUUUCGGGACCAUUGCUGGUUCAGUUGAUGCUCCAUUUUUGGCAGCAGCACAAUCCAGAUGCCAUAGCACUGUCACUAAAGUACAAAAUCAUCAACCCAUCAUUUGCCAAUGAGAGAAUUGACCUGUGCAUUGGAAAAACGUCCAAACACAGACACAGGCUCUGGGCAAACAGCAGAGAUGGUGAUCUCUGUUUUGUGGCCGAUCUAAUUAUUGCAUAA